AGAUAGUCCCCCGGUCCACCGACAAGCACCACUUCUUCGUCUCAAGUAUCUUCCUACGAGCCAUGGCUUCUAUAGAUUUAUCCUCGAACGCGCGCGAGAUCCAGUCGACUUACGAUGCGAUUGUCGCCGGUGAUUCGAGCAUCUCCUGGGCCGUGUACUCCUACGGCGCGGGCCUGAACAACAACACUCUAAAGCUGCAGGCCACCGGAUCCGGUGAUCUAUCUGAACUCCAAGAGGAGCUCUCAGAGGGAAAGAUCCAGUAUGCGUUCGCCCGAGUUCUCGAGCCCAACUCUCAGCUUCCCAAGUUCGUCUUGAUUGGAAUGUGCGGAGAAGGUGUUCCGGAACGUGCCAAGGGUUACUUCAAUGCGCACUUCAACUCCGUCUCUCGUCUAUUCCAUGGAUACCACGUACAAAUCACCGCGCGCUCCAUAGACGACGCUGAUCCGGACGAGAUCUUGAGAAAGGUCACCGACGCCUCGGGAUCAAAGUACUCGGUCGCCGAUCUUGCUUCCAAGUUUGGAAAAGCUCCCCCUGUCCGACCCAAAUACGCCAGCUCGCAUCCCACCUCCGCUGCCGCUGAGGACGACUGGGGCGAUGCGCCUCCUGUUGUCGAAAGCAAAGUUACCAAGGUGCCGUCGGCAUACAAGCCACACAAAGUUGACAUCGACGCUAUCCGCAAGGGCAACAGCUCCGAGAGAGCUUCGGCUGAGCCAGUCAAGAGCUCUUAUCAGCCAAUUGGCAAGGUCGACAUCGCUGCCAUCCGGGCGAGCGCUUCGAAGAAGGAGCUCGAGGCCGAGAAGCCUGAUAUCGUCAAGGGCACCUACCAGCCGAUUGGCAAGGUCGAUAUCGCCGCGAUUCGCGCCCAGGCCAAGCAGAACGAGGAGAGCACUUCUAAGCCUAAGCCCUUCCAAAGAGCUCCCGAACCUGAGAAGGACGAGGAGGAGAAGACCAAGCCUGCCAGUCUGGCUGAGCGCUCCGAGGCAUUCACUGCAUCCGGAAGACUUUCCGAGCUUCCCAAGCCCAAGAUUGAGAAAUCAUCUGUUGCCAGCAGAUUUGGUGGCGCUUCAAAGACAUUCGGAACCGCUCCCGUUCUUCCCAGCAACCAGUUUUCGAAUGCCCCCAAGACUAUCGGUGGCUUGAAGAACUUUGGCGCCGAAGGAGGAAAGACUCCUGCUCAGCUCUGGGCCGAGAGAAAGGCAAAGGAGAAUGGCGGCUCUGCCCCUGCUGCCUCGUCGUCGACUCCCGCUGCGUCGUUUGUCACUGCUUCCGAGAGACCUGAGGAGACCGAGGAGGAGGAGAAGCCGCAUAGAAGCAUCUCGGCUCUACGAGACCGCUUUGCUCGUGCAUCAGUCGAGGAUGAGGAGGAGAAGGAAGAAGAGGAACCUGAACGCCCGAGCUCGCCCAUCCGUCUUGCUCGCCCUGUUGCUUCGGCUACUUCGAUCAUCCGUCCUGCGGGCGGCUUCACUCCCAAGGCGCCCGAGCCCGAGUCUGAGCCCGAGCCCGAGCCGGAGCCGGAGCAGGAAGAGCCUGAGGUCGAGGAGGAGCCUGCUGCUCCGGAGCCCCCUAAGAUCGAUUUCUCUAGCAGACCUUCGCUCCCCCGUAGAGGGCCGACCCCCGAGCCCGAGGAAGAAGAGGUUCCAGAGCCCGAGCCCGAGCCGGUGCAAGAAGAAGAGGAGGAGGAGGAAGACAUGGGAGCCUUUGCAAAGGGUAGAGCCGCUGCUGCUGCCGCUCUGUCAUCGGGUGACAUCAUGGGCGAUCCUGCUCCCGCCAAGGCUCCUGAACCCGAACCGUCUGCGUCGUCGUCGUCCGGAAAGGUCGCUGUCGUGUUGUACGAAUACAUGAAGGAGGAGGACAACGAGAUCAACCUCGUUGAGGGUGAAUUGAUUCACGACAUUGAGGAGGUUGACGAAGGCUGGUGGAGCGGCCGUAACAGCGAGGGCGAGCAGGGUCUUUUCCCUGCCAACUACGUCGAGAUCCAGUCCGACGAUGCCGCGCCCGCUGAGACUGCGACGGAAGAGCCCGCUCCUGCACUGAGUGUUCCGUCGCUAGGCGUCGGUGCUGCGGGUCCUUCGGCAAAGGCGGAGUACGACUACGAGGCUGAGGAAGACAACGAGCUGACGUUCCCUGAGGGAGCUACGAUCUCUGAUAUCCAGUUUCCGGAUGAGGACUGGUGGAGCGGAGUCUACGAGGGCAAGAGAGGUCUUUUCCCUUCGACGUAUGUUAGUCUGGUGUAAGUGGGCGAUUGUCGCGAGAUAAAAUUGAUUUACGUUAGCGAUCUGCGUCGGCUGCUAUAGUUGAUGUAGCGAGAGCACGUUUGAGAUAUCGCAAAAGUUGAGUUGGAGGAGGGAAGGGGGGAAGUGUAGACAAGUGUGCGUGUGUGUGGUUAGUUUUGUUGUAGUAUUUUCGGUCACGAUAUAUCGAGUU